UGAACAUGGCUACGCUUCGACGAUGCCGAUGCCCGAUGAUAUGCGGACGGUCACAAAAAGGCCAAAGACGAAAAAAUCCCAGGGCAGCAGGACAACUCAUAACGAGCUGGAGAAAAAUAGGAGAGCGCACCUCAGAAAUUGCCUGGAAAAGCUGAAGGUGUUGGUUCCGUUGGGUCCUGAAACCUCAAGGCACACCACGUUGGGUCUCUUGACCAAGGCCAAGCGUUUUAUCAAGAGCCUGGAGGAACGCGACCGCAAGCACGCAGUGCACAAGGAACAGCUGUCCCGCGAGCAGAGGUUCCUCAGGCGACGGCUGGAGCAGCUGAUGAACCAGACGGGCCUGCACGGCUUGCACGGUCUGCAUGGCCUCCAUGGGCUCAGCUCCAGCGCCCCGACCGGUUCCUCUUGCGGCCCCGGAGCCGCCGCAGCCGCGGCUCUCCUCUCCAAACGGCGCAGCGUCUCCGAGUGCUCGCUAGGCACGGCCUCGUCCACCAGCUCCACGGCCAGCUCCAGGAACUCCGACAGGUCUGCGGGCAGUCCCUCCGUCUCGGAGUCCGAUGAAGUAGACGUGAUCGGUUAUACGAGCAAUCAGUCGGACACCGAUGAUCACAGCAGCGUGCAGAGCAGCAGCGACAGUGGCGUCGCAAUGUCCACCUCCAGGCUGACCCUUUCCGAAAUGAUGGACAAUCUUUAGACAAAGAGGUGGCGCGGUGGCGGCGGAAGAACGUGGAGGGGGAGCAUUUGAGGGCGCAGAAGAGGAAGCGGCGGAGAAAGCGGCGCGGAAGAUGAAGAAGAAGACGAAGAAGAAGCUGGUGCGGCGAUGGAGAGACGUCGGAGAAGCCGGAGAGACAGGGGAGCAACGCUCGAGAGGGGGCCGGGGGCGGCGGAGGAAGCGGAAGAGGAGCGGAAGAAGGAAGAGGAGCCAUCGGAGCGUGCGAGGAUCGACGGCGUGCGAAAUAUCAGCUCGCGUACACGCGUCUACGCGACAACCCUCGGUGCACCCUUGCAGAGGGUCGCGGGACGCGCGCCGCGACGCCCGGGCAACGGGAGAAGCGUUGAAGAGGCGACGGCACCCGGCGCGUACGCGCGUGUACGUGCGACCUAUGCACGUCUGACGAGGGUAGAGCCGGGAGGAACGACUUGGAACAACCAGGAUCGGUAGCAACGAGCCGGGGAAAAGGGAAGAAGAGGAAUGAAACCGACGACGCUGAAGGAAGAGAACCACCCUUGUCUCUAGAACAUCGCGAGAAAGAGGCGCGAGAAACGAGCGGGAAGCACAGAGUCGCGUGUAAAUUGUCGAUCGAGUAUUGUACAUAUUUUUAAGGGAGACUAAAUUUAUCGAGAGAAAGAGAGAGAAAGAUGGAGAAGGGGGUAGGAGAAGCUGAUUCCGCGCGUUUCUUUCUCGACGAGGAACCAGAAGAACCUGAAGAGACCGGGAGAACAGUUUGAUCCGGAUCGGAGAGACGAUCGAUCGACGUUGGGAGGACAUUCGUGGAGAAUUAGCGAUCCAAUAAGCGCGUGCUGGCGCCAAACAGCGAGCGGACAUUCGUCGAUCGUUGCUCAUCGAUCACGACAAUCGAUCCUUCUCCCGGAUCCUUCUCUCGAGCUCGCCGCUUCCUCCGCGGGGCCCCGAGCACGCGCUCGAAGAGGAAAACACGCCGAAACUGACCGAGGGUAUGACAGAGAAUAUUCGCCGCUAUGUAUAAUUUGGAGAAGGUAUCAUUUACGUACGUCGCCGCCGCUGUCCGCUUCGCCGAUCGCGGAGGCUCGCUCGGCGAGGCGGUCGAUCGUCGAUUUUCAUUUCCAAGUCUCUUGUUUUCGCUUGUCGACGAGGUUACCAAGAGGAGAGGUAACACGCUUCUGUGUCCGCGCUCGCGACGCGUCGUGGAACGCGCGUGCUCCAAUUUGUUCUCAAUAAUGGCGGAUCAAUCCGAGCGUCCCCCGAAGACAAGGAACGCGUAUCUGGAAUCGAAAGAAGAGGAAGAGGGACAGAGAUAACACGAAGGAUCGUCACGGACGUCAGAGAACAAACUCACGCUUGGUUCCACGACGACGAUCCCUGGAUCGACUGUCCUUUUUACGAUCGAGGACGUGGAUCCUUGGACACCUGGUCGUCGAACUACGGGCGCUUCUUCAGUGCACACCUCUACGGGAGAAGAGCCUUCAUUUCCGUCGCGUUCCACUGGCCCGCCGUCACGCGGGCCCCGGGGUCAGAUACACGGUGUUACGCUAAAAAGUAAAAAAAUGAAAAAAAAAAAAAAUAAACAAACGAAGAAACCGAAGGGACGAAGAGGAGAAGACACGGAGAGGGGAGGAAGUCUGCGAGAUGCCUGGAAGAUGUCUGCGGUCGCGCGGAAGGGAUGAAAGGUGGAGCAGCAGGCAGUGCGGAAGAUCCGUCUAUCGAAUUAGGAAUAAUCGGGAACGAUAGGGAACGCCGAUUGGGAUUAUUAUCGUUCCGGAAGAGGGAACAAGGGCGGGUUAAUUGCGAACUGGGUUUCUUCGGGAAUCCUACGGUUAAUUAACGAAACCCGAAAGAGCCUCCACCUUUCGAGGAGUACACGGGUGCACGCGAACGUACACGUGGAUGAGGAUAGAGGGCGGGUCGGUGGGAGAAUAGCGAGGGUAGAAAACACGGGGACGGAUAGGGAACGGGAACGAGAUGGAGAAACAAAGCGUACACACUUCUAAAGUAAGAACACGCGUAUUCAUACAUGCAUACACACGGUCACACGCAUACCUACAUGUACACACGCUCAUACGAUACAUUCUUUGCUCGAGCACGACGCGGUACACGUACACACACGUACACACGUACAUACUGGUGGAUCCUCACGGAAGAAAAAGAAACCAAAAAAAAAAAGGAUUAAAAUAAAGGAAAAAAA